UCUUCCGUUUAUUUAUAUCACACACACUUUACUCUUCACUUAUCCAAGCAUUCCUUCCUAUUCUUCUCGCUGCUUACAGUUACACUAUGAUCAGAAUGAAGAAUCCAAAGGUUUUCUUCGACAUAUUGAUCGGGAGAGCGAAAGCUGGGCGCGUUGUGAUGGAGCUCCUUGCCGACACCACUCCGAAAACCGCGGAGAAUUUCCGAGCUCUGUGCACCGGCGAGAAAGGAAUAGGAUCUUCCGGGAAGCCACUGCAUUUCAAAGGAUCUACGUUCCAUCGUAUCAUCCCUAAUUUCAUGUGUCAAGGCGGUGACUUCACUCGCGCCAACGGUACUGGCGGAGAAUCCAUUUAUGGAGCCAAGUUUGCCGAUGAGAAUUUCACUCUAAAGCACAAGAAGCCAGGCCUAUUGUCCAUGGCAAAUUCUGGUAAAAACACCAAUGGUUCUCAAUUCUUCAUCACCACCGCCAUUACCUCGUGGCUCGAUGGGAAACACGUCGUCUUUGGGGAAGUUGUCGAUGGUUACGACGUAGUCAAGAAGAUGGAGAAGGUUGGCUCCGAUGCCGGAACGCCCUCCUCUACGGUUUUGAUUGAGGAUUGUGGCCAGAUUGUUGAAAAUUAGCUUUUGCUUAGGAUUUGUUUGUAAAUCAAAUAAGAUUUGUUAUCUUGUUCAAUUACUUCUUUCAAUCAUCAUUUGUUUUUGCUUAAACAAUAA